AGCAACAAUAAGAAGCUGGAGUCUGCAAACACAGACAGUGAGGCGGAGCUGCAGACGCUCUCUUCAAACGUGGCACUUUUAUCGUAUCCAUCAGCAAGAUUUGGCAUUAGGAGUUGAUGGUAGGCUGCAGCGGAUUUAUGAAUGGGAAAGAGAAGGAGGAGGAGACACAGCAGGAGGAUGAAGAACUCCAGCAGCAGUAAAAGUUCUCUGGGAUCCAAAGAUCACCUGACACUUGCUAGCCUGAGAGAUGCAGACAGCAGUAAGUCAGACUCGUGGGCCAGGAGACGCCAAGCGUUUAAGGAGAGCAAGCAGCGGAGCUCUGUGGGAGGAAGCUCCUUUACCAGUGAUGUGACAGAGGAAACAGUAUCAGAGGACACUCACACCACGGACAUGACAAUUAGCGUCAGUGAAGACAGGGGCUUCUAUGCAGAGACUUUCCACUCGGCUGCAUGGAUAUACCAAGGAGAUAAUGCUGAUCCUUCCGGGCUCCGCAGUAGAACUCGAGCUGUUUCAAUUCGGGAGAGGACUGUCAAGAUCAACAAAAGAACAGGAGAGUACCCUUGGGGCUUUCGAAUACAGUUCUCGAAACCCAUUGUGGUUACAGAAGUCGACACAAACGGGGCAGCAGAGGAAGCAGGUUUGAUGGUCGGCGAUUACAUCCUGGCUGUCAACGGGACUGAUGUCAGGAUUUCCCACUCGGAGGCUGCUGAUUUGGUUCGGCAAGGUCCAGAUGAGCUAGUGCUAACUAUCGGGUCAGAUAUUGCUGGAAGUCCCAAUACUCCAAGACCAGCAUGCCGUGGUUAUCUCCAUAAGCGUACCCAGUCCGGCCUGAUUAAAGGCUGGAGGAAGAGGUGGUUCGUACUGACGCAUGACUGCUGCCUUUACUACUACAGACACAAACGGGAUGAAGGCAAGAGUCAGGCUUUAGCGGCUUUAAGGAUGGAGGGGGCUGAGGUGGGCUUGGAUUUUUCCUUGGGGAAACCAUUUGUGUUAAAGUGUCGUCCUGUGGCUGGCAAUCGAGUGUUCUACCUCUGUGCUACUUCCAAGCAGGAAAUCAAAAGAUGGCUGGAAGCUAUGGACGGUGCUAUUCAUCCAAUUAUACAGCACCAUGUGUGGGUGGAUGUCACCAGACACAACGGCGUUCUGCCCCCACUGGCUGUGAAAAGCCCCGAGAGCCUGGGAUUGCUUCACAAAAUGGACAAGAGCAAGGACGUGUGGGUGCAGCACUACUGCAUCUUAAAGGAUGGCUGCCUCUACUUGUACAGCGGGAUCCGUGCAACCCAUGCACAUGGUGGAAUCUACCUGCAGGGAUACGCGGUACGAGAGCAGCCUUUUGGAAGCAAGAAAUCCACCAUUGAGCUGAGACCUCCAUCUGAUGAGUUCAAGACGUUCUACUUCUGUGCAGAGAAUCCCAAUGAGAAUAAACGAUGGAUAGUAGCUUUGAAAGCGUCGAUACAGAAGUGGCUGCCUUUGCAUCAGGCCCUUCAGGACGACAUGAAUGGAUCGCCAGAGGCCACAAGAACGUAGCAACAGUUUGUUGAUUGACAAAUGUGUGUAAUGAGCAAAUGUUUUUUGUGUAUGGGGUGUUUUUCUACAUUUUAUUAUGUAAACUACUGUAUUUACAACAAAAAAAUACUCCAAUAUGAGACUUAUGAUCAGAAAACAGGACAUAAAAAAUAUAAAAGGUGUUUCAUUUGAUGGGCUACAAAACAUAAAAAUAUACCAACACGUCAGAGUCCAACGACACACAAAGACAAACAGAGUUCAUUCUCGUAAUAAUCGCUACACGUGUGAACACAUGGGCACAACUGGACGGGCGACACCCAAAAACACAAGGCAGGAAACACAAACACCAGAUCCUCCAACAUGCAACACUUUUCCAGUCUCCGAGGGAAAAAUCAUCACAUGGUAAAGACAAAACCUUGCACAUGAUGGUCCAGACCUGAUGACCUAAUGCCCCCUACUGACUUUAUCGUGCAACUUACAGAGUGGACUCUCAAAAACAGUGUCUUCCUAUUUCAGGGCUAAAGGGGACAGCUAUGAUAGCCACCAAUUAUGCAAAACGUUUUUGGAAUGUGGGAGGAAACCGCAGUACCCGUAAGACUACCUGGACUACCCGGGGAGAACAUGCAAAUCCCACGCAGAGAUGCCCAAACAAAGAUACAAACCCAGAUCUUCCAGAUUAAUUACUUGGAAACCACUUUCCAUUUGGAAAAAAACUGUGUGACCAAUCUUACUCUAAAAUAUUUUUAUUUUAUUUUUUUGUGUCCCGUCCAGCCAUUGGGGCAGAUAGUAUUGUUGAUGUAAUUGCUCUUACAUGCUAAACAGAUUUGCUCUGUCAGGAAAGGUGUAAGCUACAACUUCCCUGUACUAUGACAUUUUAUUUGCCGUUAUUUUGCCGAUAGAGAGAGAGACAAAAACAGCAGCAACAACAAUUCCCAUAACAACAACAGUAACAUAUAUAUUCAUAUAUAUGUGUGUGUAAAUGUGCUCAUAUGUGUGAAUGCGUGUGUGUGAAUGUGUAAUUGUCACUGAGAAUGACAAAAGGAGAGGGACUGCCUUCUACCACCCAGUAAACCCCGCCCCGCGCAGCCAGGUCAAGCCCCCACCGCCAGAGAUCCACUGGCCCCGUGGGUGCGGGCAAAGCCAGGGCCGACUCCCCAAGACCCGCCCCCGAAGCAUCCCCCCGAAGAGACUAGCAAGGAGCACUUCCUGGUUCCCAGCGUGCUUUGCGGCACCGUCGAUGUAAAUAGUUGGUCAGUUUGUAGUUAAAGUUGCAUAGUUGUUCAUUGUUGGUCUGCUCAACUAGUGAGAGUGCUUUCAUUCGUCUGUUGCGUUGGUAUGUGAUGUUUUGGGGAAAGGCAAAGCCCUCUAGAUUAUGCUUUUUAUAUCAAAAUAAAGUUUUGUACCAUUCAUUGAGUUUUAUCAUUUAAUUAGGACAUAAAGGUCAGAUUUUGCUUGGACAAAAGUCUUGUCGCAUACAAAAAAAUGUAGAAAUAAUAC